GUGCGCUGUUUGAGGGACAAGGCUAUUGAGAGCUGCCAGUUGUAGAACUACUAGCUAACAACAACAGAAAACCCCGGACAACUAGCUUUCUAUUUUAACCCAAUAUACAGGGGGCAAAAUGCUUCCAUCUGCCUCGUACUGAUGCAGAUGGACGUCAAGAUUGAACACUGACGAGUGGAAGCAACACAUUCCUUCUCUUCCUCCUCACCCUCUUGUCCCCCAACACCUUCUGUCACACUGGCAAUGUCAAGAGUCCCGAGUCCCCCUCCCCCUGCGGAAAUGUCCAGCGGGCCUGUGGCUGAGAGCUGGUGUUAUACACAGAUUAAAGUGGUGAAGUUCUCCUACAUGUGGACCAUAAACAACUUCAGCUUUUGUCGUGAGGAGAUGGGUGAGGUUAUCAAGAGUUCCACCUUCUCCUCUGGGGCCAACGACAAACUAAAAUGGUGUUUGCGAGUAAAUCCCAAGGGUCUGGAUGAGGAGAGUAAAGAUUACCUGUCCCUCUACCUGCUGCUGGUCAGCUGUCCAAAGGCUGAGGUGCGCGCAAAGUUCAAGUUCUCCAUCCUCAACGCAAAGGGGGAAGAGACCAAAGCAAUGGAAAGCCAGAGGGCAUAUCGUUUUGUUCAAGGGAAAGACUGGGGCUUCAAAAAAUUCAUCCGGAGAGAUUUCCUCCUUGAUGAAGCCAACGGCCUUUUACCUGACGACAAACUCACGCUGUUCUGUGAGGUGAGUGUGGUUCAAGAUUCUGUCAACAUAUCUGGUCAGAACACAAUGAACAUGGUGAAGGUGCCUGACUGUCGGCUAGCAGACGAGCUAGGAGGCCUGUGGGAAAACUCCCGCUUCACAGACUGCUCCCUGUGUGUGGCUGGCCAAGAGUUUCAGGCCCACAAAGCCAUCUUGGCAGCACGUUCCCCUGUAUUCAGCGCCAUGUUUGAGCACGAAAUGGAGGAGAGCAAAAAGAACCGUGUGGAGAUCAACGACGUGGAGCCCGAAGUUUUCAAGGAGAUGAUGUGCUUCAUUUACACAGACAAAGCUCCCAACCUGGACAAGAUGGCCGACGACCUGCUUGCAGCAGCUGAUAAGUAUGCUCUGGAAAGACUUAAAGUCAUGUGUGAGGAUGCGCUGUGCACCAGUCUGUCUGUGGAGAACGCUGCCGAGAUCCUCAUCCUCGCUGAUCUACACAGCGCUGACCAGCUCAAAACGCAGGCAGUCGACUUCAUAAACUACCACGCUGCAGAGGUGAUGGAGACAGCAGGCUGGAAGUCCAUGGUUGCAUCUCAUCCUCACCUGGUGGCUGAAGCUUACCGCUCUCUGGCUUCUGCUCAGUGCCCCUUCCUUGGACCCCCACGCAAGCGUCUCAAACAGUCCUAACAGCUUCACAACAAGCCCUUUACAGACCAUGAUGGUCGCAAACAUAUACACACACACGCACACAAAAGAGAAAACACCCACACAUAUGUCCUCUGCCCAAACACAGGGACAACCUUUCACCUUGCUGUUACCUUCUACACUACCUAGAGCCUUCCCCGAAUCGCCCCCGUCUGCUCCAUCCAGAACCUGCUGUAUUUAGUCUCUUCUAAAGAUGGAGGAAAGAAGAAGAAGGAGGAGGAUGAGAUGGAAAAGAGGGAUACAUGGGCAUCUGAAGAGGAUGUUUGUUGUUUACAAAAAACAGUGUAAAAAAAAGAAAAAAAAAGCACCCUCCCUUUUCUCCUUGGCUCUGGCUUAGUGAGGUCUGACAUUGUGCUCUUUUCGGUGUAUCCUUGGACAUCCUGCUAGUUCCUCCGUCGGAGUGUUUUUGGACAAAAGAACUGGACUCUUUAACCAAGUUUGAGCCAAUGGUCUGGAAAUCUGGAGGUUUGAAAUACUGUGGCAGAUCAAGUUUUUAAGUGUCCAUUUUUAUCAUAAAGCUUCAUAGUGUUUGGACAAAAGCAAUCUGAGACACAACCCAACACAUGGGUGAGCGACUAAAGAACAGUGGGCCUAUAGUUACAAACUAGAAGUCCCCCAAGAAAGACAACCAAGGGCUAGUCUUAAAAAAAAAAGGAAAAAAAGAAAAGCAGAAAUGGGACUAAAUCAUUAACAUGUUUCUCAGAGAAGAUGGGAAAACAUUGCACUAAAGUCACAGGUCAACCCCUUGCCAACCCUUACCAGCAGUAAUGUAGAAAUACUGUAGGCAAGCACACAAUGAAGCAAGCUUCAAGGACUAAAGACCCAGCUGGUCCACCACCAACAAUUACCCUUUAAGAUGAUUUAUCAGCAAGAGACAAAAAUAACACACGAACUCCUAUAUAGAACUCUCCAAGCUUCAUCUGCAUCCGUUUUUAUUUUUUAAAUAGUUGGGGAAAAAAGUAUAAAGAGGAUACAGAAAAUAGAAAUGCACAACUGGAUGUCAUUCUUGGGGAAAUUUGUAUUUUGUGUGUGGAUCUGUGUUUGUAGCCCUUGGAAGGAAAAAUUUGUAUGAGGUGUCAAUAAACAAAGCCACCAGGACACAACAAAGGGAGGAGAAAAUGUUAAGAAAUGGUUAUGAAACAUGUUAGAGUUCAAUCAGGCAUGUUGAUGUUUUGUUGUGACAGAUUUCGUAUGUUUUGUUUUUUUUUCCCCCCCUCAGAACUGUUGUAUUUUUUUCAAAGGAAUUUGUACAGACUAGUGUUUUUGAAGCCGUUCAACAAAAGCAUUUUCAGUAAAACUGAGAAAUGGAGGGUUUUUUUCUUUGCAGGCAUGAAGACUGAAGGGAAAUGAAAAUGAAAUGAACACGUUUUAAUGUUCAGAAUAGUUAAAAAGAAAAAAAAAAACCAAACAAACCA